AUGAACAGCCCGCCGGUGAACUCGCUUGGCACGAGCCUGGUGACCUCGUUCAAGCAGGAGUUCCCGAAGCUCGUCCAGGAUCCAAAGGUAAAAGCUAUCGUGGUUACCGGCAGCGGCUCCAUGUUCUCGGGUGGUGCUGAGAUCACCGAGUUUGCAAUGAUGGUGGCAAUGGGUGAAGCCGAGAUGAGGAAGAACAACCCCGUGGCGGCCCUGAGCGAGAUGAUGGACACGAUCGAUGCCUCGCCCAAGACAGUGGUAGCAGCUCUCAACGGUCCAGCCUUGGGUGGUGGCUGCGAGGUGAGCUUGGCGUGCCACUACCGUGUUGCGGCGCCGAAGGCAUCCGUUGGCUUUCCGGAGGUGAACCUGGGCUUGCUGCCGGGUGCACAGGGCACUCAGCGGCUGCCUCGCGUGGCCGCUCUCCCUGUAGCGCUGCCGAUGAUCUUGCAGGGACGUCCCAUGAACGCGGAAGCCGCAAAGAAGAACGGCAUCAUCGACGCGGUCGCCAAAGGAGAUGUGGUGGAUGAGGCUGCAGAGUUUGCGCUCACGCAUCCGCCAGCCCCCAUCUCCAAGCGAGAGGUGCCUAAGACCAACCGUUUCAUGAUGGCAGCCGGAGGCCCAUGCCCGGUUGUGCCUCCGGAGACUUCGAGCUUUGUACAUGUCCUGUGCAUGUUCAUGGAUUCUUUUGCACUUGCAGGUUUGGAGGGGGCAUUGAACACGGCCUUCAACGCACAGCCUUUGAUGGUGGCGCCUGGCGGCAUCAUCAAGUGUUUCGAGGCUGCCUGUUCGGGCAAGAGCUUCAGAGAGGGCGUGGCCGUCGAGAUGGAGGAGUUCACGAAGCUGGUCUUCUCCGUGCAAUCAGCCGCUCUGAGACACCUCUUCCUGGCCGAGCGCAUGGCGCAGAAAGUGCCUGGCGUCAAUGAGAAGCCAGCGCCGCUGAAGAAGAUUGGCAUUCUGGGUGCCGGACUCAUGGGCGGCGGCAUCGCCAUGUGCUUCGUGCAGAAGGGAGUUCCGGUUGUCUUGAAGGAUGCGAAGCAGGAGUGGCUGGAUGAUGGCAUGAAGAAGAUCCAGGGACUCUGGGGUGGUCAGGCCAAGAGGGGCCGAUUGAGCCAGGACAAGUACAAGCAGUACAUGAGCCUUCUGAAGCCGACGCUCGACUAUGCCGACUUCAAGGAUGUGGACAUGGUCAUUGAGGCGGUUCCAGAAAUUAUGGACCUGAAGAAGCAGGUGUUCCUCGACAUUGAGAAAAACACCAAGCCGGAUGCUCUGAUCUGCACCAACACAAGCGGGCUGAACAUCGACGAUAUCGCAGCAGUGCUCAAAGAUCCUUCUCGUGUCAUGGGAACCCACUUUUUCUCACCCGCCAACGUGAUGCAGCUGCUUGAGAACGUGCGAACAUCCAAGUCCAGCACCAAAACGUUGGCCACCGGAAUGGUUCCCUGGCUGCAUGUGGGGCAAGUUGAGGCCAUGGGCAAGCUGAUCAGCAAGAAGGCGAUCAUGGUGGGCAACUGUGAUGGCUUCGUCGGCAACCGAAUGCUUGCGCCGUAUGCUGGGGAGGCGAAGAUGGUCCUGGAGGAAGGCCGGACAUCUGCUCGCGGGAAGACGCCGUCUUCCUUUUUCUUGUUGCUGCUGGAUGAAUUGCGCAAGAAGUUCGGCAGCCCGGCGGCAGCCCAAAGAGUGCAGGCAGAGCGAAGAGGCAAGAAAUGGAGACUGCUGGAAGGCAUGGCCAUGGGUCCGAUGGCCUUGGGUGACUUGGUGGGCUUGGAGCUUUUCUGGAAGCAGCGGAAGGCCAGGCCCCAGCUCGAGGAUGCGCAAGGCUCUUCGGUAAGGUUCGCCAAGCUUUUGUCAUGUCAGGCGGCCGGUGACAUGCAGAAGCAGACCAAGACCUACUAUGGUCCGUAUGAGCUGACGGACCAUCCGCGAGUUCAGUUUGUUGUGACACGUUCGGAAGGGCAUACUUCGGCUAAAGGUCGCCUGGUGUCCGUCCAUGUCUUCAAGAGAUCCGGCCACCAGAAAGGGGCGGGUUUCUGCAAUCUGAUCGACUGGUGGUGCUCACUGCUCACUGGACACAAAACGAUAGGCCGCGGUGUCGUUCAAGUCUGGUCAGAUAAGAGUCCUUCCGUCAUCCUUUAA